AUGACAGCAGAACAAGCCGACCAGAUCCCGCUGCCAGAGCAUACCUCCACGCUCGUGAUCGGCGGCGGACCAGCCGGCCUCGUUGCCCUCAAGUACGCCCUCCUUCACUCGGAAUGGAACGAGGACGAUGAGCCUGUGCUCGUUGAGAUGGAGGACGAGAUCGGUGGAACGUUCCGGUAUCGGGCGUACGAGGGAGCGGAACUUGUGAGCUCGAAGCAGCUCACAUGCUUCUCCGACUUCCGGUAUCCUCUCACAGCGCCGGACCACCCGUCCCUGCCAGAGUUCGUAUCCUAUCUGAAUGCGUACUCGCAGCACUUCGGACUCGUCCCACACAUUCGAACGCGGAGCCAGGUCAUCAGCCUCUCCCGUGUCGGGGGCGAGUACCCGCACGAGGCGGUCAUCCGUGUAACAUCGCCGUCAGGAGACGUCAAGGAGCACACGAUCCGAGCGCAGCGAGUCGUGAUCACGACUGGCCUGCACGUCAGUCCGAACAUCCCCUCCAUCCCCGGGCUGAACGCUGAGCCGAUCACGAAGAAGAUCCCCUGGAUCCACUCGUCCGAGUACAAGACGCGGGAUCAACUGAGGGGGCACAAGGUGCUGGUCGUUGGAUGCGGCGAGACGGGCAUGGACGUUGCGCACGACAGUGUACAUGCAGCGAAGAAGACAUGGCUCGCCGUACGAACUGGCUUCCUCUCGUUCCCAAAGGUGCUGAAUCACUUCCGUAUCUUCGGCACGACCUUUGACGGCAAUCUCCCCAUAGACGGUCUCAUCACCAACCUCUUUGAGACGACCUACGUGCACCCUUGGGUCGCAGCGAGCCACCUGCGCUGUGCGGGCUGCAACCAGUGGGCUGGUGAGCUGCCCCCGGAGAGACAAGGGCGCGCCUACGUGUUCUUGAACAAGUUCGUCAAUCGGCCGUUCGAGAAUAUGUCCUGGCUGCACCGACUGCUCUUCAGCUACUCAGACCCGCCACUCCCUGACGUUGAGGACCCAACGUGUCAUCUCGUGCCCUUCCCGGAGCGAUUCGAGGACGGGCGAGCCGUCUUCCCACCUCCACCAAAGCACCGUGCCAAGGAAACGGCGUGGAAGGACAUUUGCGACCCAGACCUCGUCGUGUUGGCGACCGGCUACCGUCAAGACUUUGACUGGCUUGGUAAGGAGUAUGCGCGCCCGGACGAGUUGGACGUCCGAGGUGUCGCUCACUCCUCGGACCUGAGCGUUGGCUAUCUCGGCUUCCUGCGCCCAGGCGUCGGCGCCAUCCCCCCGAUGGCUGAGAUGCAGGCGCAGUUCUUCUUCCUCCUCACCCAGGGCAAGAUCCAAGUCCCGACCUCCGAGGAGCACUACCACCUUCUUCAUGGUCCCAAUGCGCGAAUUCAGUACGGUGUCGACUACUCUGGCUACAUGUCGACGCUUGCGCGAGACAUGGGCUCGGCACCCGGGCUACUCGAGCUGUGGCGCGAGUAUGGAACUUUCGUCACACUUGUCUACUGCUUCGGCGCAGCGUUCCCGAGCUUCUACCGCCUUGUCGGGCCGUACAAGUCUGCCAAGGCCGAGGGAGUUGUCCGCGAGGAGCUCUGGGACACGAUCCGCCGCCGCGGACUGGCAGGCAACAUCGCAAUGGGCGUGAUUCCCAUGAUGUUCUACGCAGUCGUGAACACGAUCGCGCUCGCGGUCGACGUUGCUUGGACUCUUGCGUCGCCCCUGUUCGGCCGCCCACGCCACAGCGUGUUCACGAUGAAGGCGAUGCCGAAAAUCCAGGUGACGGCACCUGUCAUGGAUGGCGUGCUCAACGUUGCCCCGGGACAGGAUGUCGCCAUUGUCCCGCCCAAGGACGUAAACAAGGGCGUCGCGAACGGAUUCUCGAACGGCGUCAUUCGCUCCGUAUCUGCUAUCGAGAGCGACGCCGCCGCCCUUCCGAAGGCGAUCCCGAAGCAGACCUAG